AUGGCCUCGGAGUCGGUGAAGGUGGUGGUGCGCUGCCGCCCCAUGAACCAGCGGGAGCGGGAGCUGAACUGCCGGCUGGUGGUGACGGUGGACUCCGCUCGCGGCCAGUGCUUCAUCCAGAACCCGGGCGCCGCGGACCAGCCCCCCAAGCAGUUCACCUUCGAUGGCGCCUACUACAUGGACCACUUCACCGAGCAGAUUUACAACGAGAUCGCCUACCCGCUGGUGGAGGGCGUAACUGAGGGCUACAAUGGCACCAUCUUUGCCUACGGCCAGACGGGCAGCGGGAAGUCCUUCACCAUGCAGGGCCUGCCGGACCCGGCCUGCCAGAGAGGCAUCAUCCCCCGGGCCUUCGAGCACGUUUUCGAGAGCGUCCAGUGUGCAGAGAACACCAAGUUCCUGGUCCGGGCUUCCUACCUGGAGAUCUACAAUGAAGAUGUCCGGGACCUGCUAGGCACAGACGCCAAGCAGAAGCUGGAGCUGAAGGAGCACCCAGAGAAGGGGGUGUACGUGAAGGGGCUGUCCAUGCACACGGUGCACAGCGUGGCCCAGUGCGAGCGCAUCAUGGAGGCGGGCUGGAAGAACCGCGCGGUGGGCUACACCUUGAUGAACAAGGACUCCUCUCGCUCCCACUCCAUCUUCACCAUCAGCAUCGAGAUCUACGCCGUGGACGAGCGGGGCAAGGACCACCUCCGGGCGGGCAAGCUGAACCUGGUGGACUUGGCGGGCAGCGAGCGGCAGUCCAAGACGGGCGCCACGGGGGAGCGGCUCAAGGAGGCCACCAAGAUCAACCUGUCUCUGUCGGCGCUGGGCAACGUCAUCUCGGCCCUGGUGGACGGGCGCUGCAGGCACAUCCCCUACCGGGACUCGAAGCUGACCCGGCUGCUGCAGGACUCGCUGGGCGGCAACACCCGGACGCUGAUGGUGGCCUGCCUGUCGCCCGCCGACAACAACUACGACGAGACGCUCAGCACGCUGCGCUACGCCAACCGCGCCAAGAACAUCCGCAACAAGCCGCGCAUCAACGAGGACCCGAAGGACGCCCUGCUGCGCGAGUACCAGGAGGAGAUCAAGAAGCUCAAGGCCCUCCUGGCGCAGCAGAUGGGCCCCGGCAGACUGUCAGCUCUGCUGAACAGUCAGGUGCCCCCAAGCCCCGUCCAGGUUGAGGAAAAGCCGUUGUCUCCACCGGUGACGCAGCACGACACGGAGGCUGAGAAGCAGCUGAUCCGGGAGGAGUACGAGCAGCGCCUGGCCCGGCUGAGGGCCGACUACGAGGCGGAGCAGGAGUCCAGGGCCCGGCUGGAGGAGGACAUCACCGCCAUGCGCAACUCAUACGACGUGAAGCUGUCCACGCUGGAGCAGAACCUGCGCAUGGAGACAGAGGCUGUCCUGAAGGCGGAAGUCCUCUACAAGGCUGAGGUCCUGUCCAGGGCUGAGUUUGCCAGCAGUUCGGAGUACUCUCCUCCUUUGGAGUUCAAGAUGGCCGAGAGACCCGAGAUCUACUCCAUGCCUGACCCCCUGCCCGGUGAGGGCUCCUUCAAGGCUCAGGUCUCCUCCGGAUUUGAGGAGCUGCCCAAGCUGGCAGCCUCCAAGUCCGAGGCGUCUCUGGGGUCCGAUGAGUCUUCCACGCUGGGAGAAAACUCGGUCUGCACGGCCUUCUCUGGGCCCGAGGAGCCCUGCGGCCUGGAGUUCUCCGUGCCUGAUUCAGAGGCCCGGGGCCGCUACCUGCUGCCUGACGACGAUGCCGGCAGGGGCGCCGCGGAGCCCCUGCUGGAGGAGGAGCCCCCGCUGAUGGCGCUGGAGCUGUUACCCGGCCUGUACGACCCCUACGCCGAGGUGGCGGCCAAGCUGGCCAGGUUCUCCUCCACGGUGUCCGGGCCGGACGUGCCCCCGGGGGACGUCCCCAAGGUGACCACGCAGCACCCUUCCCUGACAGAUCUGCUGGAGCCGGCUGACCUCGGGUCUGAAGCUGCGGUGGCUGAGGACCUCCCGCCCAGGACUGAGGUUGACCUGGGCCCGGGGGCAACGGAGGAGCUGGUGUUGGCGGCAGAGCCCAUCGCAGAAGCCCAGGCUGACGCGCUGGCGGCCUUGGAGGCUCAGUCCCGGUCUCUGCUGGCCGGGGCCGGUGCAAGGAGGGAGGGCGUGGCUGCGCUCGCCGAUGACCUCCUGCCCACCGUGGACCAACAGCAGGUGCUCGCCCGCUUGCAGCUGCUGGAGCAGCAGGUGGUCGGGGGGGAGCAAGCCAAGAACAAGGACCUGAAGGAGAAGCACAGGCGGCGGAAGCGGUAUGCGGACGAGCGCAAGAAGCAGCUGGUGGCGGCCCUGCAGAACUCGGACGAGGACAGCGGGGACUGGGUGCUGCUCAACGUCUACGACUCCAUCCAGGAGGAAGUGAGGGCCAAGAGCAAGCUGCUGGAGAAGAUGCAGAGGAAGCUCCGAGCAGCAGAGGUGGAGAUCAAAGAUCUGCAGUCGGAGUUUGAGCUGGAGAAGAUCGAUUACUUGGCCACCAUCCGUCGGCAGGAACGUGACUUUCUGCUCUUCCAGCAGCUCUUGGAGCAGGUGCAGCCCCUGAUUCGCCGGGACUGUAACUAUAGCAACCUGGAGAAGAUCCGACGAGAGUCCUGCUGGGAUGAAGACAAUGGUUUCUGGAAGAUUCCUGAGCCCAUCAUCAUAAAAACCAGCCUCCCAGUAGCAGUUUCAACAGGGCCACAGAACAGACCAGCCCGCAAAGCCUCCGCAGUGGACAACGGCGAGCCAGGCAUGGAGGAGGACCGCUACCGGCUGAUGCUCAGUCGCAGUGACAGCGAGAACAUAGCCAAUAACUACUUCCGGCCCAAGCGGGCCAGCCAGAUCCUCAGCACGGACCCCAUGAAGAGCCUGGCACACCACAGUUCACCACCAGGCCUCAGCUCCCCGCUCGGCGGCAGCUCCACCAUCCCUCCCGCCCAGGCCCCCGAAAUGCCCCAGCCUCGGCCCUUCCGCCUCGAGUCCCUCGACAUCCCCUUCACCAAGGCCAAGCGUAAGAAAAGCAAAAGCAGCUUUGGCAGUGAGCCCCUGUGAACACACUGCCUGCUGCCACCCUGCCUUUGGGCUCCCGUGAGACCGCCAGGCCCCCCCAGGGCAGCUCCAGCCAGGCCUCCUCCCGCCUGCCCCCGACAGUGACCGGGGCACCCAAGGGGGCCUGUCCCUGGGAAGGCACACUCCCCUCCCUGCCACCCAGAGAGCCCACUCUG